AUGAAGAAUACGAGUAUUCCAGUCUUCUCGGGCCAGGGCUCUCUUUCAAUCUUUUCGCCCAAAGCCCAAGCAGUGGCAGCCAAAGAUUCUAGCUCACCAACUGGAUCAAUUUUCCUGGAUGCGGUUUAUCACGCAUUUGGCGAGGAGCUCUCCAGCUUGACUGCUGAGGAAAGGUCAAAAUCGGGCGUCAAUAUUUCCGAUUUCCCCACCCCCAAGAGCCUCCUCGAGCCGAAAGAGAAAUAUCAAACGAACGCUAUUAUACAAGGUACAACAUUAUGCCUGUUUCAAUUGCUACGCUACCUCUCAUAUGUCGAAAAUACACCAGACCUUGUAUUUGAAAACCUACCUUCAAAAUUCUUAGAGGUCUCUGGUUUCUGCUCGGGAUCACUACCAGCAGCGGUGGUCGCAUCGUCACCUACAGUUGUCAAUUUUCUUUCAAAUGGUGUGGAAACAUUCAAGCUGGCACUAUGGAUUGGGUAUAGAUGCGAGCUCUUUCGGAUAGCAGAAUCUGUAGCGGAAGAGAAGGAACCCCUCUCAUGGGGACUAGUUGUCUUUGGGUGGACCAGAGAGACUGCACUAGAUCGAAUAGAAGCGUUCAACACAAAACAGACUAGUAUUCCCCUGCAUCUCACAGCGGUUACUGCCGAGAAAGUUGUAACUAUCUCCGGGCGUGGCGACCUACUGGCUCGGUUCCAAGUUGAAGAGGUUGCUGGCACAUGCAGCUCGCGUUUCACAAGCGUUCAUACCCUCUACCACGGUGGCGAAACCCUGAAAAACGUCAAAAGCCAACUAAUGAACGACCUGCGGAGGAGAAACAUCAAGUUCCCCUCUCUAUCACAGACCACUAUCCCUAUGCGGUCAACGGCAGAUGGAGAGCUUCUUUCCCCCAGCACUUGUUCUGACAAAUCGCUUCUCGAAAUCGUAGUUGACCAGGUUCUCAUUAACUGUGUCAAUUGGGACAAGACUGUGGGGGCUAUGGUAGCUGCUGCCACUGCAAGGGCAGAGCAGUCGGAUGACGAGCGGGUCAUUGUGGUCAACUUUGGCCCAGGAACCGGGUCUGUAUUUCAGGCUCAGAAGCCACCCCACCCAAGAAUAAGUCUUCUCGACUUGUCUCACACUUCGGACGCCGCCAUUACUUUCGCCAACAAGAAACCUCUUAGGUUCAAGCCGGAGGACGGCAUCGCAAUAGUUGGAAUGGGGGUCAAUAUGCCAGGCGCGGCAGACCCCAAUGAGUUAUGGAAAUUACUAGAAGAGGGGCUCAACACUGUAUCAGAGAUUCCUUCCGAUCGGUUUGACGUUUCCCAGUUUUACGACCCGUCGGGCAAUUCAAAUAAGCCGAAACGGUCCAUGGGAACCAAAUUUGGUAACUUUAUUUCAAAUCCCGGUAGCUUCGAUAAUAAUUUUUUCAAUAUCUCCCCCCGUGAGGCAAAAUCCCUAGACCCUCAACAGCGCGUCCUGCUGCAGACGGCGUAUUCAGCCAUCGAAAAUGCAGGGUAUGUUGCUGAUUCCACGGACACCUUCUCCCGUGAAACGUUUGGAUGUUAUGUUGGUGUUGCAACCGGCGACUACGUUGAGAACCUGCGCAAUGAAAUCGACGUAUACUACAGCACUGGCACUCUUAGGGCAUUCCUUAGUGGAAGAAUCUCUUAUGCACUGAAAUUAGCUGGACCAUCUAUCGUCAUUGACACUGCCUGCUCCUCUUCCCUAGUCGCCAUCUACCAGGCAUGCCGAGCUUUAGAGAACGGCGAUUGUAAUGCUGCCGUAGCUGGGGGUGUCAACGUGAUCACAAGUCCAGAUAUGUAUCUUGGCCUUGAUCGAGCUCACUUUCUUAGUCCUACCGGUCAAUGCAAGGCUUUUGACGAGUCUGCCGACGGCUAUUGCAGGUCGGAAGGUUGUGGCAUGUUCGUUUUGAAGCGGCUAUCCGAUGCCAUCGCGGAGAACGAUCAAAUUCUUGGUGUGAUUCGAGGCGUUCAAGUUAACCAAAGUGGUGAAGCACACUCAAUCACUCAUCCCCACGCCGCAACACAACAGAGAUUGUUCAAGCGACUGUUGGAGGAGACGGGCAUUGACCCUCUGGAUGUCAGUGUUAUCGAGGCACAUGGCACUGGAACGCAAGCAGGUGAUCCGAUCGACACAAUUCCCAAACAGGUGUCUCUCAAAAAUCUCAACCCAAGAAUCGCCCCAUUGGGCCAGGACGGAGUUCAAAUUGCGCGCAGAAAUUUGCUAUGGAAACCUCACAAGGAGGGGGCACAACGUCUUGCUGUGCUCAACAACUUCGGUGCAGCAGGGUCAAAUGGGAUACUUCUUUUGGAGGAAGCACCUGCAAGACCGGAAGCCAAGAUUCCCCUCUCUCGCAAGUCCUACCCGUUCACAGUAACGGCCAAGACGAAGAGCGCCCUCGAGUCGCUACGCGUGAAAUAUCUCAACUACCUGAACGAGAAAUCCGAUACCCUUUCCCUCGAGGAUGUGUGUUAUACCUCAACUGCUCGUCGCCAACCGUUCAAUCACCGUAUCGCAGUUACCGCAAAUUCGUUUGAUGAUCUUAUCUCACAACUCGGGAAGGCAACCCCCACCCAGGUCACCCCCGAGAAGGGUACCUCUAAGACAGUGUUUGUUUUCUCUGGCCAGGGUAGUCAAUACUUGGGAAUGGGCCGCGGGCUCAUUGAGUCUUCCCCCCUCUUCCGUGAGAUUGUGGAAUGUGCUCACUACUCGCUUGUUUCCCUUGGAUUUGUUGGAGUGCUACAGGUGAUGAAUGCCGCGGAGGGCGAGAAAAUUACCUUGUCUGAGAAGCAGAAAGUAGAGGCUUUCCAAUGCUCUAUCUUUGUGUUGGAGUAUGCUCUCGCGAAACUCUGGGCCUCUAUGGGUGUUCAGCCCGACGCAGUCCUUGGCCACAGUCUCGGGGAAUAUGCCGCUCUGGCCAUAUCUGAGGUGCUCAGCUUCGAGGAUGCCUUGAAGAUUGUUGCCGGUCGCGCCCGUAUGAUGGCCAAUAAUUGCGAGUUUAAAGCCAGUGGCAUGUUGGCUGUGAAUGCGCCGCCAGAGAAAGUUGAGGAGAUAUUAAGGUCUCGCUCUGAUACCCCAAAUCUGGUCAUAGCCUGUCGAAACAGCACUGCCGAUUGUGUUGUUGCUGGCCCUGUCCAGGAACUGGAUACCUUCCGCGCAUAUCUCAAAGACAACGCUAUUGCCAAGAAUGUCAAACUCGACGUCCCAUUUGGUUAUCACUCGGCAGCCAUGGAACCCAUUCGAGAACCACUCACCGCGCUUGUGGCCACUGUCAGAAUCAACCCACCGAAGAUAGUCACGGGAUCCAACGUGUUUGGGCGUUCCAUCGGUCCACAGGAUAUUGGUUCUGAGUACUUUGCUAAGCACGCACGACAGCCUGUUCGUUUCGCCGAGGAAAUUCAAGACAUUGUUAGUCUUCCAGGCUUCUCCGGUACCGUGCGGUAUAUUGAAAUUGGUCCUCACCCAAUCUCCCUACCUAUGAUCAGAUCUACGCUCGGUAGCACCGCCGGUAGCUUCAUACCAUCAAUGCACAAAACCAAGGAUCCAUGGGUAACUCUUUCAGAGUCACUCACGACUCUUUUCUUGGGAGGCUUCCCCGCCAAAUGGCGUGAAGUGUUUGCCGGCACAUCUGGCAAGGCUAUCAACCUCCCAUCAUACCCUUUCUCGGACAACAAAUAUUGGGUCGGCUACGAAGAAACUGCUAUUGAGCCAGCUAAAGCGAAGGCUACGCCAACGAAUACCGUUAUCAACACUGGCUACUCAAUGAUUGCUGCUUGUCUGCAGCGACCAUCAGAGGGAGUUCCAGGCAUCUUUGAGACUCCGAUUUCUAACCUCGCAUCUUUCAUCAGUGGUCACAAUGUUGGCGGAUCUUCUUUAUGCCCAGCAUCCGUCUAUCACGAGCUCGCCAUGGCCUCUGCACGCUUUGGAGUGCAAGAAAACGCUGCUUGCUUACAUACCUUAGGCAAAGUUAGGUACUCUCACCCACUGGUUUAUGAGGAUGGGUCGGACAAAAUGGUACGCGUCACAUUGAGUGUCGAUAGCCUGACUGGCGACAGCGCCUUUGAGGUUUCCUCAUAUAGCGGCGAAUUAUCUACUGGCAGAGUCCAUUGCUCCGGUGAGAUUAAACAGACUCCCAAGGUCAGCAUUGAGCACAAAUUCCGUCGCAAAGCACUCAAGCUUGAGCUCAAUAAGGUUAAAAUCUUCUAUUCCAAUGGCUGCGAAGGACCUGAGACUAUCCAUACCCGAAUGCUGUACGAGGUCAUCUUCCCCCGCGUCGUUUCCUAUUCGAAGCCUUACCAGACUGUUCGCACAAUUACCAUCGAUCAGACCGGGACUGAGGGGUUUGCUGUAGUGAAAAUGCCAGCUGGAUACAAGAAGGGCAAAUACGCCGUGCACCCGGUCUUCAUGGAUACUCUUCUCCAUGCUGCAGGCUUUAUCGCUAACAGUGGAGUCACCGCCGAUGACGCCUGUAUUUGCAAUGAGGUCGGUCAGGCGAAGAUUCUUUAUGACGAGAUUGACUACGAUGAUACAUUCGGCGUCUACUGCAACCUUGUCUACUUUCCAAAGGAGGCUACCUUUGUGGCAGACGCCUAUGCCAUGAGCUCUGCUGGGAAGAUUGUCGGGUCUAUCAAGGGAAUGCAUUUCAAGAAAUUAAAACUUGCCAAAUUUAGAAGCCUAUUGGCUGCUGCGACGGGAAAGAAGAUACAAAAUAAACCCAUCCCUGCUACUCUGCCACCCACUCAGAGACCUCUUACACCAGUCUCGCGUGAACCCUCUCCUCCACCAAUGGAUAUCGUGGAUCAGGUGGCAAAGGUUGUGGCCUCGACCUGCGGUGUCCCGAUCCACAGCAUUACCUCUAGCACUGAGAUGGAGUCCCUGGGAGUUGACUCCUUGAUGAUCUUUGAGAUUGCCGAUAAGCUGAAAUCUACGUUCAGUUCUCUCAAGAUAGGAUCUUCUGAGCUUGCUGCAUGCCAUACCGUUCAGGAUCUCGAGGAUGCCAUCCGCAGCAACCUCCCUACCCUUUCCCGCCCAGUAGAAAAGCCUACUACUCUUAGGGAAAAUCAAUGUCCAGCACCAGAUGUCAUGACUCCACCCCCGGAGCAAGCAGCAUUGGAUAUUAAGGGAUUUUUGGAAACUAUUCUGGGUGUCAACGCAAGCGACAUGCAGCCCGACACCGAGCUCGAGUCGCUUGGCUUAGAUUCCUUGACUUCCAUUGAGGUUCUACACUCGCUCAAGACGAGCAUUGGUCUCGACAUCUCUCCCGAUACUUUUGCCGAAUGCCGCACAGUCCAAGAACUCGAAGUUCUUAUUACUAGCAAGAGUGCACGUCCAUCCAAUACCCCAACUGCUGCUUCUAUUACAAACACUCACCAGUCAGAGCCCGUAACCGAUGAGAAUAAUCAGCUAGCGAAAAUGCUUCAGAUGACAUCGCUCCCGGUCUCCCUUCAGCGCUGGGAAGGCGCCAAUAGCUCUUUAUUUCUCAUUCAUGACGGAAGCGGUCUCUGCAACUAUUAUGGACGCCUUUCUUCUCUCAACCGUUCCGUUUGGGGAUUCUACAACCCUCGCUUCUUUACUCAGGAGCCGUGGACUGGUGGACUGGUUGAGACGGCAACCGCAUACAACUCCUACAUUCAGCAGACUACAUCAGAGCCAUAUAUCCUUGGUUGGUCAUACGGAGGAGUUGUCGCGUUCGAAGCUGGCCGGCAAUUGCUUCAAGCCGGCAAAAAAGUAAUGGGAGUCGUCCUGAUUGAUUCACCGUGCCCCAUCAACCACAAAGGACUUCCCUCCGAGGUUAUCGCCGCUGUAUCCAAGUCGGCACGAUCUGGCCCCGGGUCUCGCCAGAAGAUUGAGCAACUCAUCAAAUCUCAGUUUGAAGCCAACACCCGUAACCUCGUCAACUACAAUCCGACGCCGUCAGACAAAAACCCCAAGCUCAUCCUCUUAAGAUCGCGCGAGGGAUUCUCUACUCGUGGCCUGAACUGCCAGCCUCACGCUUGGUUAGAGGACAGAAGCGACCCUUCGGCAGCUACUGCAGGAUGGGAGGAGCUUGUUGGUUCCCGCGUUCGUGUUAUCGACAUCCCGGGGAACCACUUUGAACCAUUUGAUAACAAGAACGUAAGGUUUACCUUAGAACUUUCUCUUUUUUCCUCCCCUAGCUCUCUACAUCUCUUAGCCGAUCACUCGCUCACAUUUUUUUACCUUAGGUUCAUGCGGUCUCUGGCAGUCUCAGCGAGGCCUGCCGUAUCCUUGAGGGCUAGCAACCAACUACUGGUUCCGUCACUCGCUUCCUCUCCCGGAGGAGCACAUCUCAUUUGCAUACUUUUGACUUGCUGUAUUUCCUUUUUCUUCCCCGUUAAACUGUUGGCUUCUCAUACAUUGCUCUAA